GGGCAGAUGGGGGCGCGCGUCCGCCUCCAACGUGUUGCGCGUUCAAGGCAAGCAAAAAGAGAAAAUCUCGCGCGCUGCGGAGUCUGCGCAUUUCGCGUGUUUGUCGUCACUCCGAACUUUCGGGAGAAACGCGGAGGAAGGAGGGGAGCCCUGCGCCAUCUUAACGGUCAGGACGGCGUCUCCGGUCCGGACUGGCAGCUGAGUCGGAACCAGGCAGGCGUGGAGGGCGUGGAAACCGGGCCGAGCAUCGCCGAAGCCAUGUCGACCGCGUGGAGAGACGACGACGACGACUUCAAGGUGGGAGGAGCAAGAGGAGGGCUGAGGGCCAAGCCGAGGUUCUCCUUCACCGAGGUCAAGCUGCUGCUGGAGGCGGUGAAGAGGAACCGCUACAUCAUCCUCAGGAAGUUUAACCAGGGCGUGUCUGCUGAAACCAAGAAACAGACGUGGGCUGAAAUCACCGAUCAGAUCAACGGUCUGGGAGAGAACCACAGAGAGGUCCGUCAGAUCAUGAAGAAAUGGGCCGACCUGAAAUGCGACGGAAAGCGACGCAUCGCGGCCCUGCGAGGCCCCAACGGCAGCAACCUGAGGAAGAAGAAGCUGGGCCCCGUGGAGAGGAUGGUCCACAAGAUCCUGAUGAUGAGUCCCAGAGGAGACGGUGACAGCGACCUGGACUUGGGAGAAGACGACGACUUGUCGGGUCCGUACGGUAAAGGCUCCAACCCUCCGGCCUACUCCUACCUCAGCCUGACCGACAGCUCUCACCUCCAGGGAGCUUCCUACGACAUCUCACCGCUGUCCUCCCCAGAGAAGGAGCUCUGUGGCGAAGCUUUUCAUUCCUCGUCUGACUUGGACCCGGCUGAAGAUGGAGAACAAACCAUGGACUUGGAGGAGACGGAUGACUCCAUGUUCUCGUCGUACCCUCCGUCAGCCCCGCCGCCCUCCUCCACCUCCCUGGACCCGCUGCCGGACGACGCCCUGAUGAGGGUCAAACCCGUCCACACCUACUCCAGGAGCAGCAGCCAGAACCAGAACCCUGCCCCCAACCACAGCUCCUCCUCUAAACCUCCACCUGGACCUUCUCCUCCUUCAGAUGCAGCUUCAUCCUCAGCUCCUCCUCCUCCUCCGUCACCCACCAGCUCGGUUCCUCCUGCAGCCUCUGAUGCUACCUCUGAUCCCUCCUCCAUCCCACCACCUCCAGCUCCUCCUCCUGCUGCUUCCACCUCCACGCCCUCCACCUCCUCCCCGGCGGACCCCCUCCCGGCCGGAGCGUCCUCUCGGGGCUCUCAGGACCAGGUGGCCCAGCUGGCGGCCCAGAGCCUGGAGCAGCAGCGGGCCAGCCGGAUGCUGCUGACGUCGGUGUCCCGGUCCCUGGAGGUCCUGGCCCAGUCGGUGCAGCUGCUGGUGGAGAGCCAGCAGGAGUUCGUCCAGGAGUCUCUGCUGCUGCAGCGGGAGACCGUGGACGUCCUGAGGGACUUCUCCAACACGGCGCUCACCAUGCUGAGGGACAAAGCCAACAGUGGACACCUGGUGGCGCACCGCCCGCCUCACUUCUGACUGUAGAGGAUGUUUAUCAGCUGCUGGACCCUAAAAGCUGCUUUCCUUCCUACCAAAUGAAGCCCAGCGUUUGCCCAAAGGCACGGCGGCGGCGGCGGUACACAGAUUAAGGCGUCUUAUGUUCUGUUUUGUCUUUUUUCCAACACUGUAAUCUGCUUUUUAAAGAGCUGCUGAAGUUUAGUUUUCACCUUUAAGAACUCUAAAAACGCGCUGAGCUGAGAUGAAGACACUAAUUUAACUGUGGACUGGAGCAGACUGGCCCUGAGCUGCCCAACACCAGUUUUUAUUCACCGACCUGAUCCUGGAGGUGUUUGUCUGUGAUGCAACCACCACUUUGGCAAGUUUAGAAUAAAAAGUUUAACAUUA